AUGGAAAAUUUAGACAUAUGCUUGACUCCAAAUUCUCUGAGAGACAUGCUCAAAAAAAGGGCCAAGCUUCCACUCUAUUUGCAAGUUCUAAGAAUAAGAGAGAUAAGACAAACAUAUCUUAAAAUAGAAUUAUCAGAUUCUAGUUGUAUUUUUAAUGGAGUCGGAACAAAGACAGCAGCAUUUAAAAGCUCAAUUCAUUAUGGUUUCACACCUAUGUGUUUGAUCCAAGUUAACUCUUAUGACAUUAUUACAAGCAAAGAUGGAAGCGAUAAAGUAAUUACUUUAGAGAAUUUUUUUGUAGUAAGUCCUCAAACAAGCAUCAUAGGAAAUCCAAAAUGAAUAAGCAGAGUCAAUAAUUUUUUUGAUGAAAAUCCAACAAGUGUUUCAGAUAAUAACUCCAAUAAAUCAGUGCAAAUAGUUAGUGAGAUGGAGAAAAGUGCAAGCGAAUCAAAUCAUUCCGAAGGCUCAACUCUUUUUCAAGGGCAAAAAAUAGCUCAACUUAUUGAGGAUACAAAUAAAAUGCUAUAUGAAAUUAAAACUGUUUAUGAUUCAAGAUUUAAUCAGUUGGAAAGCCAAAUGCAAGGAUUGCAAGCAGCAAUGCAGAAAAUUAUUGAUAAUUUUAAAAUAAAUAGUUAA